AUGAAAUUGUUUGAGGAUUCCCAACCUUUUAAAUGCGAUUGGGUGGUUUCUAACCUUUUGGAUGUAAAUGUGGUGAUUCCCACCGUUUGGAAGGUGACGGCCGCCUUUUUUGGGCCCCAGGUCGGGCUGCGCGUGCUGGACGCGCUGGUGGCGCGGGAGCGGAGCGGGCGGCGGGAGACGAAGGUGCUGCACGCCCUCCUCUUCGUCAAGGGCCCGCUGUGGCGGGCGCUCUUCGGGAAGGAGGCCGACAAGCUGGAGCAGGCCAACGACGACGACCGCACCUUCUACGUCAUCGAGAAGGAGCCGCUGGUCAACGCCUUCAUCUCGGUGCCGCGCGAGAACAGCACCCUCAACUGCGCCGCCUUCACCGCCGGCCUGGUGGAGGCCGUGCUGGGCGCCAGCGGCUUUCCCGCCCAAGGCACC